AUGGACCUGGAUCUUUAUGGGCCUCAGGGUUUCAACACCACAGCUGUGCCUGUGGGUUUCAACACCACAUCUGUGCCUGUGGAUUUCAACACCACAUCUGUGCCUGUGGAUUUCAACACCACAUCUGUGCCUGUGGGAUUCAACAUCACAGCUGUGCCUGUGGAUUUCAACACCACAUCUGUGUCUCUGGGUUUCAACACCACAUCUGUGCCUGUGGGUUUCAACACCAUAUCUGUGUCUGUGGGUUUCAACACCACAGCUGUGCCUGUGGGUUUCAACACCACAGCUGUGCCUGUGGGUUUCAACACCACAGCUGUGCCUAUGGAUUUCAACACCACAUCUGUGCCUGUGGGUUUCAACACCAGAGCUGUGACUUUGGGUUUCAACACUACAGCUGUGUGCCUGUUGGUUUCAACACCACAUCUGUGCCUCUGUGCCUGUGGAUUUCAACACAACAGCUGUGUGCCUGUGGAUUUCAACACAACAGCUGUGCCUGUGGGUUUCAACACCACAGCUGUGCCUUUGGGUUUCAACACCACAGCUGUGCCUGUGGAUUUCAACACCACAGCUGUGCAUGUGGAUUUCAACACCACAGCUGUGCCUGUGGGUUUUAACACCACAGCUGUGCCUUUGGGUUUCAACACCACAGCUGUGCCUUUUGGUUUCAACACAACAGCUGUGCCUGUGGAUUUCAACACCACAUCUGUGCCUGUGGGUUUCAACACCACAGCUGUGCAUGUGGAUUUCAACACCACAUCUGUGCCUGUUGGUUUCAACACCACAGCUGUGCCUGUGGGAUUCAACACUUUAGCUGGGUCUGUGGAUGUCAAGACAAUAUCUGUGUUUCGGCAAAAUGGGGAGGAAUGCGAGGUGCACAGAGAGGAAGAGGAAUGCGAGAUUUACAAAGAUGAAGAGGAAUGCGUGGUGCACAGAGAGGAAGAGGAAUGCGAGGUGCACAGAAAGGAAGAGGAAUGCGAGAUGGAGACAGAGGAAGAGGAAUGCGAGGGGCACAGAAAGAAAGAGGAAUGCGAGAUGGAGGAAGAGGAAUGCGAGGAGCACUGA